ACCUGAGAGAGAGAGACUGCGGAACGCCGGCGGAUGAGAGGAGAAGAGCGGUCCAGAACAACUGUCUGAAAGCAAAGAUACGCAGAAACAUGGAGGCGAACACGGAGCGAACGUUUGCUGACUUUUCUGGAUCCUGGAAAAUGAAAAGUUCCGAAAAUUUCGAGGAACUUCUAAAAGCCCUCGGCGUAAAUGUCUUUCUGAGGAAGAUUGCAGUUGCAGCAGCUUCCAAACCAGCUGUUGAGAUUACACAGCAGGGGGAAAGUCUCUCCAUUCAGACCUCCACUAGUGUGCGGACCACUCAUGUGUCCUUCACGGUGGGCGAGUCCUUCAACGAGGCUACGGUGGAUGGACGCCUUUGCACAAGUUUUCCAAAAUGGGAGACCGACCGUAAAAUCACUUGUGAGCAGACGCUGCAGAAGGGGGAGGGGCCUGAGACAUCAUGGACACGUGAACUGACCAAUGAUGGCCAGAUGAUUCUCACCAUGAGAGCCGGAGAUGUCGUCUGCAACCGUGUGUAUGAACGAGACUGAAGGAUCCUAAGAUUUCAGUUCAUUCUAUUCCAUUCCAUCUCAACCGUGUCCACAGUGUGCUAAAAUUCUAGUUUAUCAUUGAACAAAUAGCCUGUUCCUUCCGCUUUUUGUAUGUUUGACGUGCAGAGUGGCUAAGUUUGUGUGGCAGAGAAGGAGAGAUGUUUGAAGGGUCAGAGAUGGUACUUGUAUAAGGAUUAUAGUGAGUUUGCAUUGUUCUUUUUGGUGCAUUGGCUGAAAAGUGUAUUUAUUAUUGUCGUUUGUGCAUUUUAUGUUUUAUGUUUAUGCCACAAUGUGGCUUAUUAAUCAAAAAUGUUUUGGCAAUAAACCUUUCUACUUAUAAACCCCCAAAAAAUCUCAUGACUAAUUCACUGUUAUUUUCUUGCCUGGAUAUAGAAAUCUCUUUGACACUAGCCUUGGUUGCACUUUUACACUUAUUUUCUGCCUCAUUCCUUUUCUUCAAAGUGCUCUUUGUGCCUGUUCUUGCUUUCUGUCUCCUGA